AUGCAGCAACAUAAUUUUUAUCGACUAAAAUUAGGUUUGCCAGGUACGACUAAAAGUGAAGUUUUACAAGGAAAAUAUGCCAAGCUAAUCCUUCCAGCUGCUAGUAAUGAUUAUUUGGAUGCUGUUGUUACACAUGUUGAAUCAUGGACUACAGUUCAUAUACAAUUAGCAAAUGCUUAUCAUAUAUUAUCAAAAUUGCAAAAAGAACUAAAAAAAAUAUACCAUACCACCAAAUCACUAUCAAAUCCUCUCUCAGGUUCAGCUGGAAUUAUGAAAUAUGGCUUACAAAAUGAAUGCUAUCGUGUACUUAUUAUUAAACGUGUCGAUCCAACAUUAAUAUUUGUACGAUUUGUCGAUUUCGGUUAUACAGAUGUUGCAACAAAACAGCUAAUUCAUCCAAUACCAAAAAAUUUAACUGCCAUACCUGCGCAAGCAUUUCCAAUACGAAUGGAAUUAAAACAAGGCAUAGCUGGAUCAGUGUCGUUUAAUGCUUUUCGAAAAUAUUUAACAAAUGCGCAAGUUAUCAUUCAAUUAGGUAAUAAAACUGUGAAUGAUUCUUUCAUGGGAGUUAUACAUGUGAUUGAUGAAAGCAAUAGAUGGCAUUGGAUGAAUGAAGCAAUCGAAUCAAAAAUUCCUAUCAAAAAAUUAGUGAUCAAUGCUAAUGAUAAUGAAGGUGAAGAAAUGAUGGCUUAUAUCAGUGAUGAUUUUAAUAAUCAGCCAAUGAGGAUGAUAAUCAAGCCAUCCGGAAAAAUUGAUUCAAUAGAAAAUGAAAAUAAUCCGAAAAUGAUUGAUCAGCACAAAAAUAAUGAUAAUCAAAUAAAUGAUAACGAUUGGAAAAAUGACCAAAAUGAACAGCUUCAACUGAUUGAUGAUAAUAACAGUGAUAGGAAAAUUAUUGUUGAUAAUCUUGGAAACAAAAUUGUGAUAGAUAAAAGCGAUAAGGAAACGAAUGGUGCAGAAAGAAAAUAUGAUAAGCAAGGAAAAAAUUAUCGAAGUUCAGCACAGUUAUCAGGAAAUAAUCAGAAUCAUCAAGAUAAACAAGUGAAUGCGGUUAAACUGCGACCAUUAGAUGAAGCACAAAAAAGGGAAAAAAAUCGUAAAAAACUAUCUAAAAAUGAGGAAAAUGAAAAUUAUGAAAAUUUGGAUAGCUUUAUAUCAAGAAAUUAUCAAGAAUUAAAUAAUAUUACCAAUAAAAAUUUCGAUAAACUACAACAAACGACACCAUAUCAAAUUAAUUUGAAAAAAGGUAGUUACGUAAUUCCGGAUGGAAACAUUGAAGAUAAUCCGGAUAUAAUGAUGAAUAUUUUGCAGUGUCAACAAAUCCCGAUUAAUCAUCCAAUUGCAACAAAAAAUAGUGUAUUGGAAGGAUCAACAGAAACGAGUCAAACUACUACUAGCAAUUCAUGGAAAAAUGCUGGAAGAGAAAAAAAUUUGACAACUCUCGAUAAUAAAUUAAAAACGGAAGAUUUGGGCUCUGUAAUUGGUUUAAUGGCUUAUGGUAGUUUGAAAGAUGACAUUGAUAAUAAUUUAAAGAGAAGGUAUAACAAUAGUGCUUUUCGACAAUAUGCUGGUCGCUCAAUUACUGAUUUCAAUUUGCCAUUGUCGUCAACUUCCACUGAUUAUACGACAAAUACUCAAGAAAGAUCACAAAUCAUAGUGAGAAAUCAAGAUAAUAAAAUGAAUAAUAAUAAUAAUAGUUUUAGCGAAGAGUUAAUUGACAUAUAUUCGGCAAAGUUUACCUCCGAAAGCACUGAUAACGAUCAGUUAGAGUUAUCAGCUAGCAUCGAUGAUACAACACUAACUGAUAUCGUUAAUAGGAAGCAAAAUAUGAGAUCAAGAAAUCAUCGAUGUAAGAAUAAUCGAAAGAAUGGGACAUUCAUAGAAAAGGAAAUGUCAACCGAUGACGAUGAAUCAUCGUCAGAUGUGUCACCAUCAAAUAGUAUGAGUUCAACAAAAACUACUGAUACUUCCACUGAAGCAACAGCAAAAUAUAACUCAACAAAAAUCAUUCAAAAUGAAAUCGCAAAUCAUUCCGACAAUCAACUGAUAACUUCAUUACCUAAAAGGACAACUCAUACAAGUAAAUGGAUAAGAAGUGAUAUGAUACAAAAUGAUAGCUAUGUUAACACUCAACAAAAUUCAAACUUUGAACGAAGCAAAUUACAGCAACCAGAUUCAGUUCCUGAAUCGAAUUCCAUUUCACGAACUUCUCCGGUCCGGCAUACGCUAUCAUCAUCGUCAUCAUCAUUCACUCAAACAAAUCGUUCUUUGUCAAAUGAAAAUAUCGAGGAAAACAAAUAUCAGUAUGCAAAUUCGGUACAUUCAUCUGACUUCGAAAUACCUUCUUACCUAAAUACUAUCCCUAAAUCAUCCUACAGUCAACAAUUCACUUAUGAGACAUCACAAGAAUGGAUAUGUCCACAACAAAUCAAUGAUAUCAAGAAAUGGUCACCAUUAUUAAUACAAGAAAGAACAAAUAGCACACAAACUCAUACAAAUUCGAAAUUAACACAACACUUCAGGAUUCUACCGGAAAAUGUAAAAACUCAUACAAAUAGUAAUAAUAGUAUAUAUUCCGAAUCAACACAAACCAAUAGGAUUCUACCAAUAUAUCAAUUAGAAAAUAUACCAAAGAGAUUUUCAAGUGAGACUAAUGCAGUCAAAUACAUGUCGAAAUCAUUUCAUCAAAUUGAUGAAACCGCAAAAAUUUCAUCAAUUCAUCAAUCACAAAAAUAUCCAUGUAUUCAUUCAAUACCAAGUGAAACAACAAGUGCAUCAGAUGCAUCUAGAACAUAUUGUAUGGAUUUUCAAACAUCUCUACCAUAUAAAUCUACUGAAAAUGAACAAAUUAGUAAAUCUGAACAGUGUAUCGAAUCGUAUCCAAGAACGAAUGUACAAUUUAUUCAUUCAGAAUUAUCAUCAGAAAUAGCACAAACAGAAGAAUCAAGUUUAAUGGAAGGUUUGAAAAUGAAAAUAGUACUGAUACCAAGACAUUAUCAAUUAUCACAUAAUGAUACUACAGAAGAUGAAGAAUGCUACAGUGAUCAAAAAAUUGAUCAAUACGAAAGCAUAUCAUCUUUUAAUUCAUCAGCAACAAGCAUAACUUAUGAAAGUAUCCAUGAUUUAGCAACAUUUAAAUCAUAA